CCUGCCCUUCCGUACAGCAGGCACUCCAACUACCCCGAUUCCCUUGCCGCCUCCUCCGUCCUCCUCUUCUGGCACAGCCCAUCCUCCUCCGCGAUCAGUAGGUUUCGCCGCCUCCCGUGCAGCCCUGGCCUCUACGUCCUCCACCGGGACCGGAGUCAUGGUGGUGGCCACCGGUGCAGAGACCACCACAACCACAGCAUGCAACACCAAUGCAGCAGGAACCCCGGAGAUGAUGGGUCAGUCUAGCCUGGGUGGGUUUGGCAUGGGAUUGGACGGGGAAGACUACAGCAACUCCAACCAGAGCACCUUCAUCCAGAGACAGUUUGGAGCCAUGCUUCAGCCUGGGGUCAACAAGUUCAGUCUGCGUAUGUUUGGAUCUCACAAAGCUGUGGAACAGGAGCAGGAAAGACUGAAAUCAGCAGGAGCGUGGAUCAUCCACCCCUACAGUGACUUCAGAUUCUACUGGGACCUUUUGAUGUUACUGUUGAUGAUGGGAAACCUAAUCAUCCUGCCGGUGGGCAUCACGUUCUUUCGAGACGAGAACACCCCUUCAUGGAUCAUCUUUAACGUGGUCUCGGACACUCUCUUCAUGGUCGAUUUGGUGCUUAACUUCAGGACCGGCAUCGUCAAGGAAGACAACACUGAGAUAUUACUCGACCCGAGGGCGAUUCGCCAGAAAUACCUGAAGAGCUGGUUCCUUGUGGACUUUGUGUCAUCCAUCCCGGUGGAUUACAUCUUCCUGAUGGUGGACAGUCUGGACUCAGAGGUCUACAGGACAGCCAGGGCGCUGCGGAUAGUCCGCUUCACCAAAAUCCUGAGCCUGCUUCGGCUCCUGCGCCUGUCCAGGCUCAUCCGCUACAUCCACCAGUGGGAGGAGAUCUUCCAUAUGACCUAUGACCUUGCCAGUGCUAUGGUAAGGAUAGUAAAUCUAAUUGGCAUGAUGCUGCUGCUGUGCCACUGGGACGGCUGUCUCCAGUUUUUGGUCCCCAUGCUGCAGGACUUCCCUCCUGACUGCUGGGUUUCUAAGAACGUGAUGGUGAACGACACAUGGGGUGUGCAGUACUCCUAUGCUCUGUUCAAAGCCAUGAGCCACAUGUUGUGUAUCGGCUACGGCGCCCAGGCUCCCGAGGGGAUGACUGAUGUGUGGCUCACCAUGCUCAGUAUGAUCGUAGGCGCCACCUGCUAUGCCAUGUUCAUCGGCCACGCCACCGCUCUGAUCCAGUCACUAGACUCAUCGCGGCGACAGUAUCAGGAAAAGUACAAGCAGGUGGAGCAGUACAUGUCGUUCCAUAAGCUCCCGGCAGAUGUUCGGCAAAAGAUCCACGAGUACUACGAGCACCGCUUCCAGGGAAAAAUGUUCGAUGAAGAGAACAUCCUGGGAGAACUUAGUGAGCCGCUUAAAGAGGAGAUAGUCAGCUUUAACUGCCGCAGCCUGGUUGCUAACAUGCCGCUGUUCGCCAACGCUGAUCCCAACUUUGUGACCGCCGUACUGACCAAGCUCCGCUUUGAAGUGUUUCAGCCAUCAGACUUCAUCAUCCGUGAGGGCACAGUUGGACGUAAGAUGUACUUUAUCCAGCACGGACGCGUCAGCGUGCUGACCCGUGGCAACAAGGAGACCAAGCUGAGUGAUGGGUCUUACUUUGGAGAGAUCUGCUUAUUGACUCGAGGACGGAGGACAGCCAGUGUCCGAGCAGACACAUAUUGCCGUUUGUACUCUCUCAGUGUGGACAGCUUCAAUGAGGUUCUGGAGGAACACCCGAUGAUGCGACGUGCCUUUGAAACUGUCGCAGCUGACCGACUGGACCGUAUUGGCAGGAAGAACUCCAUGCUCACGCGGAAGUCAUCCCAGGGCGGUUCUCUUGGAGGCAGCAUGGGUCGUGGUGGAGGCCGGGGUGGAGGGGGUCCAGGAGGUGGAGGUAUGACAGCAGGAGGUCUGGGUUCCUGUGACAGCAUGCUGGUGCAGCAGAUUGUUAAACACGACAGCAUGCCAGCCAUGCAGGAUGCCAUCGCGGCCGCUGCUGCCGCUGGAAGAAGUGGCACGGUGUCUCCUCGGCCACGCCCUGUCAUCUGGGCGCCGCUGGUCCAUGCUCCCCUGCAGACUGCGGCUGCCACAAGUAAUGUAGCCAUUGCCCUCAUGCACCAGCAGCAGCAGCAACAGCAGCAGCUUCAGCAGCUGCAGCAGCAGCAGCACGCUCUUGGAGGAGCUUUUUACCUGCCCUCCCCUCUCAUCUCCCCCUCUCCCUCCUCCUCUUUCCCUCUUUCUUCUCCUCGUGCUCCUGUGUUGCAGCCCCUUCGCCCCUCUGUGAGCUCUCUCAUUGGGAUGAUGGCGAUGGGAGGAAUAGGUGGCUUGUCGCCAAGAGGAUUUCCUGCCUCCCCCUCAACCAUGGGCCCUCCUGGUGGGGUGACAUCGCCUCCUAUUGCUAAAACUCCACCCACUUCAGCCUCCCCUGUCCCAACUUCUGUCCAACAAGGAAGGAAUCUUCAUUACAGCCUCCGACUUCAGGCAGAUCACCCCUCAGCGAUUUCUGGAUCUCUUGGAGCCCCAACAGGAGGAGGAGGAGGACCAGCUGCACCUCCCCACAAAACACCAGCCGCCAACCCGCCUGCCUCCAGUGGCCCAUCAGAUGGCAACACUUCGCUUACAGCUCAGCAAGGGGCAAAAGAGGCUCUGUUACGUCAUGGAGGAAACACUUCACAGGGUCUCCCAGCACUGGGUAGACUCACCCAGGAAGCCAGGCUGCUCUCAGCCUCACAGCCCACCCUGCCUCAUCGCUCUUGGGCUGCAGUGCAGCCUCACCCUCCUCUCCAUCGGAAGGCCUCUGGCGGUAAUUUGCUAGCAGCUCCGUUUCUGGCAGGGCAAUUAGCCAGGGGAAGCAGUGCAGGCCUGCUGACCUCUAAUCCUUCAGUACAGCUGGUGACAAAUAUGCCAUUUAAUGCACAAACACAAGCACAGGGCACAGUUCCUGUCCAGCCCACUAUAGCACAGGCUGUAUACACACAGUCUGCAGCUCACACUGCCUCUGCUGCCACAGCUGCACACAUGCCUUCUACAUCUUCUGUGCCAGCAUCUUCCUCUCCUCCAAAGCAUACCCCACUCUCCUCUGCCACCCCUUCCCCUGCACCCACUCCUUCAUCUCCUACACCUAUUCUUUCCCAGACACCUCGACCAAAACCAAUCCCAAUGACCCCUUCCCGCUCCUCCUCUCCUCCUCUCUGCUCCACCCCUCCAUCGGCAGGAACAAGUCCACUGUUGCUCUCUUCAACUCCUCGUCCCAAACCGAUUCCUACACCCUCCUCCCGCUCGUCCUCUCCCUCUCCAUCUUCCACACCACCUCCAUUCUCUGUUUCUACCCCUGUUCCACUACCUCAGCCUUACGGGACCAAAUCCUCACUCACAUCCUCUUCUCCCCCUUCCUCUUUGGUUUCAUCUUCUCCGCCCCACCCCCAGAGCCCAAGAGCCAAGGCAUCCAACACACCACCAUCUGCUUCUCCAUUGUCGGGUGCCAGCCCUGUCUUGACUCCAGUCCCUUCUCCCACUCAAACAACCCGCACCCGAACAUCUACCCCCUCCCAAACGCCUACUCAAACCAGCACACCGGGUACCCCUACCCAGACCUUCACCCCAACACCUUCCUCAUCUCCCAUCCCUCUUACAUCUGUCCCCUCCCUGAGUAAAUGCCACAGUCCAACACCUUGUCUCCAGGCCUCAGUCUCCAGCUCAGCUAGAGUCCCCACUUCAAGUCAGAUUCCUAAACAGGUCUCACCUUUCACCCCAACCCAAACUUCAACUCCGUCCCAAACACCUGCUAGCACUAACGCUCCAACUAAAGUAACUUUUUCAGUUCAUCCUGUAAAGCAAACAUCUCCUGUCCUCACUCCAAGCUCCACUGCCAAACAAAUCACAUCCAUAGCCUCCUGCUCAACAAUUUUAUGUCCACACCAGAGCUCCACAAAGCCCCCCUCUCUUUCUACCCCCUCCACCACCACCACCACCAGCAUCUCUCCUUGUGUUCAGCCGGCCUCUUCUAACCCCCCAAAACAAAUACCAAGCACUAUGGCUGCCCCUACCCAGUCCUCAAAACUUAAUACACGCUCCAUCCCUGUCCAGACCACACAAGCAUCCACCACUGCACCCACCCAGUCGGCACACGCAGACUCCCCUGCCAAAUCCACCUCUCCUAAAGGUGGACAAAAAGACCCUCAGCUGUCACCAAGCAGAAAAGACUCAGAGGGACUACGACACAAACUGCCCGCCAACAUGUAAAACAUAAAAAAAUAAAAAAUAAAAAAAAAUGAGGAGGAAAACCUCAUAAAAUGUUGAACUUUGUGUUGUGACGGGUGCCUGAAUAGCAGAGCCAUGGAUAUGCAGAGUUGUGUCAGAGUUGGCACAAGACAAGCCGUGAUCUCACGAGGACAGAUAGUACAUGUUUGCAUUCACUCUAGGAUGUGAUUGUCUUAGAACAUCAGGUGUUCAUGCGACUCACAGCCAAGCCAUCGAUCGAGGAUCCAGGAGAAAGACUUUAGGGGUCUGCAGAGCGGUUGAUAAGGCAGAGUCUAAAAAAACCCAUCCAAAUAUAUACAUACAUAUCUGUGUUAGUGAUUGUUGGAGCAAGCUGGGGAGCUGAAGUGGAAAUAUGCUGCAGUGUAUCUACACAAUAAAACAGGAAGGAAACAACGUCUGGGAGUCUGGAAAAAAAAAUUAGAAGCUAAUGAAAAAAAAGCAAUACUUGCGACGCAUUUUUCUCACUAAUUAAACAGGAAAUUUCCUUGACAAUAAUAAUGAAUGUGGGAAGAUAUUAAUCGUUUUCCUGUUUGAAGGAAAGUCUGUUAUGAUGACAAGAUGCAGGCAAUAGAGCAGAUACUUCCUUGUUUCCAGCUCCAACUCCCUCUUGCCUCCCAUUCUUCACCAAAGUGUAAUACUUUCUCAUCAGAAUAAUAAUAAUUAUACUGAUAUAGCGUUUAAAAAGCACUGUAAAGUCAAUAUUCAUAUGAAUUUGAAAAAUUAGGAGCAGUCCACUUGUAGUUUUGUUGUCCCAGGUGCAUGGUGUUUAGUUUUUGAACAAUACAAACCUUUUAAAUCUACAUGUUCACUUUGACAGCUUCUGUAAAUUGUAUUUUUUUCUUCUCUGUGUGUGCAUGUGUGCGUGCGUGUGUGUGACACACAAUACUGCUCUACUGUGCAUUGUGGUUCACUUGAUUCCUUUUUUUCCCACCCGUCUCCCUGUACUGUAAAUACGUGCCUCUCUGUGGGUCUGUUGUGUGCUUCCUCACUCCUCGGUCUCUUUGUCUUUCAUCUCGUGUCUGUCUAGCUGCCUUUCAUCUGAUUUCACAGCUCUGGUCGCUAACUGUUUCUUUGACGCUCACAGACUCACUCCCUUUCUCUCAGUUUGCCCGACACUUUGCUCUCUGCUGCCGUCAGCCUCAUGUUCAAUUAGCGGUCUCCUUCUUCUGUCGCCCUAUGACACUGUUUCAGCACAGUUUCCAGUGAUGUUUGAUGUUUUCUGUGGGUAGCAACAAGGCAUUUCUGUCUUAAUCCCUGAUACCAUGUUGCCUAGACAAUAUAUUUAAGGACCAAAUGUUUUAUUUUUUAUUUAUCACAGCUUUAGCUUUUGGAAGGAAAAGACGGCUAAUAGUGCUGCCAUACUGAUGAUCAUGAGUGUGACACUGAGGUUGAUGAUUUUCUGCUUGUGAUGAUGAUGAUGCUGACAUGAUGAUGAUGAUGAUGAUGAUGGUGUAUAUCUGGAUGUAAGAAUAAAGUGGAUUUAGGUAUC